AUGGAGCCCUUCUCCGCCCUCACACUGGACAGGCAACUCAGCCGGCUAGCUAGCCACUCAGAGCUAGCUAGCCAGCCACAGCUAGCUAGCCAUUCAGAGCUAGCUAGCCAGCCACAGCUAGCUAGCCAUUCGGAGCUAGCUAGCCAGCUGCAGCUAGCUAGCCAGCUGCAGCUAACAGCAGCAAAGCCGUUUUUGGGCCUCUCCAAAAGCACUCUGCGCUGCUACCUCAAUGUCAGUCCCUGCUUGGUGCUGCAGCAGCUUCUGCUGCUGCUGUUGCUCUUGCUGCUGCUGCAAGAGGCGCAGCAGCAGCAGCAGAGCUGCUGCAGCAGCCGUAGCUUCUGCUGCUGCUGGUGCCUCCAAGGCGAGCUGCUGUGUGAAAAAGUCGUGACGAUAGCCGAGCAGCACCUUGACUUGCUGUUGCGCCCGAUGCUGCUGCUGCUGGCUUCAUUGCUGCUGCUGCUGCUGCUGCUGCUGCUGCUGCUGCAGGCCCUAGGGAGCGGGUGGUGCGAAGAUUCUUCAAACCGCAGCCCCAAAUAUCUCAGAAAUGCUUUUCGUCUUGCUGUGCUGCCAGUGCUCGCCGACUUUACGCAGCGCGCAGCUCAGCAGCAGCAGCAGCAGCAGCAGCAGCAGCACGAGCAGCAGCAGCAGCAGCAAGAACAGCAGCAGCAGCAGGAGCAACGGCAGCAGCACAGGGACCACGAGGACCAGAUGAAUGGGACAAAUGCGGCUGCAGCAGCUGACUUCGCAGCAGAAGCAGCAGAACACCUGGACGCAGAGCUAGCAGCAGACCUAGCAACAACGGAAGCAGCAGCAGCAGCAGCAGCAGCAGCAGCAGCAGCACCUGACAAGGCCAGCUGUGGGGUUGCUGCCUUGCGGCGUCGGCUGGAGCUGCUGCACCGGCAGGUGCUGCUGAUGAAGCAGCACAUACACCAGGAAGCCUCUGCGUGGGAACGGACUCACCUCAGUUGUGCUGCUGCUGCUGCUGCUGCGGAGGCAGCAGCAACAGCUGCUGCUGCGGAAGCAGCAGCAACGGCUGUUGCUGCGGAAGCAGCAGCAACGGCUGCUGCUGCUGCUGACAACAGUGCAGGUAAAGACACAGCAGCAGCGCCGAUUCCUUCUUCAGAAGCAGCAACAAAUGCAAGCCGUUCGCCAGCGGACCCCCAGCAGCAGCAGCAGCAGCAGCAGCAGCAGCAGCAGCAACUGGGUGUGCCCGCUUUUCCUGUUGCUGCGUGGGCCCAAGUAGGCUCAGAGUUCAUGAAGCAGCAGCUGCUGCACCGCUGGCUGCGGAGGGUCAUGGAGGAAGGAGAAGUGCUGCAGCGGACUGUGGAGGCUCUGGCAGCUCAGCUUGCUGCAGCAGCCAGCAGCAGCAGCAGCAGCAGCAGCAGCAGCAAAAGCUGGCGAUUAGAUGUGGGCAGGAACUACUUCGUUGAAGGCAGCAGGCACCACGCGGUCCUUCGCCGCCGCCCGACGCAGCAGCAGCAGCAGCAGCAGCAGCAGCAGCAGCACCGGCACAGACAGCGGCAGCAGCCAAAGCACUAG